AUGCAUUCAAUGAUUAAACCAACAAAUUAUCUCAAUACAAUUAUUGCUUAUGUUCAAUGGCAAAAUGAAACUGUUCAAUGUUUUGUUGAUCGGUUUAAAGAGAAACCAAGAAAUAGUAGGCUUGAUGAAAUUGAGCAUUUAUGGAACUGGAAUAAUCGAGCAAAUGAAGGAAUGUUUUUUGGUGGAGCUGCUCGCCAACUACAUUUAAAAAAAGUUACAGAAUUUUCAGCAUUAAUGAGUAUUUAUUAUGAUACAUUAUGGCCUAUUUAUAAAGAAAAUCGUAGUGCAUUAUUUGACGCUCUUACAACACUAUUACAUCAAGAAAGUAGAUUAUAUUGGCCUGAUUAUGAAAUAUUUCCAUGUACUAGUUCAAAUACAAUUCUAGAUAAAUGUUUACAAUAUUUCUUUUUUAAGGAUCGUAAAAAUACAUGGUUUAUUAAUAGUAGUUCAUCUGAUUAUAUACCAUUUGUAAGCUCAGCUCGAGAAAUAUUUGCUGAGAAAUUUAAUGGAUCUGAUAUGAGCUAUCCUGAUCAACAUAAUAAAAAAUGGAUUUUAGAUAAUCUUAAACAACGUUGUUUAAAUAUUUAUGAUCAACAAAAAAAUGAAAACAAUUCCAUUAUAAUUAUUCUUCUUACCUCAAAAAAUCGGUUUGGUCAUCGAAUAGAUGUUGAUUUUAUUCAUUCAGAACUUAGUAAACGAUUUUCAACUAUUGUUACAAUUGUUGAUGCAUGUCAAGAUGGACAAACUUUUAGUGAUGUUGAUAUUGCUAUUUAUACUAAACGUUUUACAACAACAGGAGCAAUUGGAUUGGUAAAUAAGACAUUUUUAGCAAAACAUGGCUUAUUAUGUAAAAAAUUAACAGUUGGUGCAAAUUUUCCUGUCGGAAUCUUAGCUCAAAUAUAUAUUAAUAUUAAUAUGGCAAAUACAGGUCUUGCACAUGGCGUAGAAGAUCUUGUUAAUUCUUCUAGAUGGUACUUUUGGCGAUGUCCAAUUCAACAUGACUUACAUUCGGCUAUUGAUUAUCCAUAUACACACCAAUAUAUUGUUGAAAAUUUAAGAGGUCCUAUACGAUAUUCAUUUACAGAAGAUCUUAUUGGCACUAUUCUGAUAUUAACUAUGGAGCAUCAUGGACAAAUAUUAUUACCGAAAUUGUGGGCAUUACUUAAAAGACAAGGUCAUUCAUUAGAUUGUUUUGUGAUGGAUAAUCCAUAUUUGAAAAGUAACAAUGCAGUAUAUAGCAAUAAAGUACGAGAAUUAAUUACAGGAAAAUUCAUUGAUGAAUUAAGACAAAUGGAAGUAAUUUCAAGUGAUUAUUUGGCAUGGCCAUUGGUACCGUAUUGGGUUUCAUCGCCGGAUGAUAUAUCAAUUGAACAACUAAAUGAACAUUUCGAAAUAUGUUAUGCUUAUCAUUGUUGUUUACGUAUUUCAGUUGGCCGUUGUGGAUAUCCGGGAAAAUUGAAACGCUUUGUUGAACAUAUUGAUAAUAUUUUCCAAAGAGAUGAACUCAAUGUAUCUGAUGAUGCUCUCGGUAAACAUUCAUCUCAAUGGCCCUCGUAAAUUUCUUUUUAGAAAAUUUCUUCAACUGAGAUGAUAUAAAACUAAUUUCAAUAAAAACUACUAAUAUCUGCGACUGCGACACGUCAAUAUUAAAUAUUAUUAACAAGACUAAGUAUAAUAUUCAUCUAUCGAAAGUUGCCUAAUGAUGAAUAAUUAGAGAAGCAGUUACUCGAUUAGUAUAUAUUAUUCUCUUCAUCACACAUAUUAGAUUAUUGUCUUCAGUAGUACCGAUAUAUUCCAAAUUGAACACCCAAAUAAAAUAAGGGUGUGGACAUGAAUUGUCGUUAUUAUUGCACCAGCACCAUCACCACGCGCUUUUUUUGACAUCGAUGAUCAUCUUCUUGUAUGGGAUCAGCACAAAACAUAUCUAUAUUGAAAUUUAAAUAUUUAGAAAAUUAGUUAAAUGGUUAACAUUUCCAAUUUGAACGAGUCUUUUUCUGCAUGAUUGGAGAGAACUUAUCGACUUUCUUUUAAAGUUACAAGACCAUACUUUGCAGAUUUGCAUUUGAAAAAAGCUGUUAGCGCAAUCCCUUGUGGGAUUAAAAGUGUGAAAGACGAUGAAUCUAUUGUUACUAGUUAAAUGGAAAUCGUUUUGUUCCAUUUCGUUCGAUACAUUUGUAGCUAACCGUUUAUCUAAUGCUUUAGAACCACAGUUCCUCUAUCAUGGUCUGUGAUGGGUUCCGGGCCUGUCUGUAACGGUCCGUGAUGGGUCCCGGGCCUGUCUGUCUGGGUCUUUGAUGGGUUCCGGGCGGGUCUGUUACAGUCUGUGAUGGGUAUUGGGGUAUCUCUGUCACGGUCUGUGAUGGGUAUGGAAUUUUUCUGUCACGGUCUGGGGGAGGGGUGCAAAUUUCUGCCCCUAAACACUUCAACACUCCUUUCAGAUCGUGUUUCACAAAAUUACACAAAGAACGGGAGACGUUUUACGUGGAUUUUGGCCCCACAAGAAGAUGAAGGCAGAUUUAUCUGAAACUUUCAGCAAAUACUCAGCUAUAUACCAUUAGCCAUCGUACAAAAUUUCAACUUGAUCCGUUGAACUUUUCCUUUACUUUCACCACACCAGAAAUAUACGUCCCAUGUGAAAAUUUUUGCCUUUGUAAGCUCUUUUCAAGCGCUUUCCAGCACUUAUCACGAAAAGCGCUGAAAAGUGCUGUAGAUUUUUAUUCCUUUAAGCACUUUCAGACGCUUAUGAUAAAAAGCACUUUUAGGUGCUGUAAUCUUUCUUACUUCUAAGAACUUUACAACACUUUACAUGAACAGUGCUGAAAAAUCCUUCAUAUGGGUGUGGGUAUGGGUUGUCUGCGGGUUGGUGUGGAUAGAAGUCUUGUUUUCACCCAUACUCACACCCACACCCGACCACGAUCAGCCAUUUCUCAACGUUCUACAUACACCACUGCAGUCUAGUAGUUUUCUCAAAUUUGAGCACCACAAUCUGCGCAGACAACAGACUUUAAAAAAGCGC